CCAAUCAAUAGUCAUGUUUGAAACGCAUUCCUCACAUCUCAAUGUCACCUCUGCCAUCUCCACAUGCUCAGUCAUGACUCAUGACAGCUCUUGAGGUUACAUACAUGACUGAUGUGUGCAAACUGUGUUUGAGGCACGCAGUAGUAAUUGUGAGGGAAUGACAGGCGCGAGAAUAUGGGACAUUGUCGCGGAAACGCCAGCGAGCCUCUUCGCAUCUUCGCACCUCAGCGGGCAGUAAGGUGUUUUGAUGGAUGCGAGGUUAUCCCGAAGAACAUUUGCCAUCUCUCGGACAGAAAACCAAUAGAAAAGCGUUUUCUCUACGUAAUGAAUCCCCUCCUCCUCCACCUCCUCCUCCUCCGACAUAACGGAGCGAUGCUGGCGUUCAUGCUUCAAUCGAAACGCGUCUAAUCGAAUCGCGGCUUCGGCACGAUGGAGACGGAGUCCCUGGCGUGAUUUGAAGGGGGAAGCCCUCAGCACAACACGAUUUAUAUACACAAUGCACUCCUCCUGUCGCGAAUACGAUGCCUUUCUCUGGAUGCGUGGACUCCUGAUAUCACCUCGCUGAGCGAUGAUGCUCGCGUUACGGCUCGCCUUUGCUCAUCGUCCGCUUUAUCCGAGAAACAAGCAGCAGAACGGAUGCUUGACCACUGCGAAACUACCUUCACGCAUCAAGCCUCUUCUGAUUAUUGGCAAGGGACACAUUAUCAUAACCACGAGGGCCAGGGAGACACGAUUAAAGUUUCAACGAUGUAAAUCGAGGUCUGGUAUGAGUGAAGUCGCCUCCGUCUAGCACAAACUAGAGCUCACGUUUGAGAGAGUCGAAAGAGGACAGCCAUCAGCGUUUGCUGCACAUCCCACCAUGAGCCAGCCACAGCCCCCUCAGCAGGCGGCAGCGCCGGAUCUGGAGGUGAUCUCCCAACAGGUGGAGGAUGAAGGCCAGUGCAUGGCUCCAGUGCAGCUGGUCAGCUUCGCCUAUCGGGACCUUCCUCUAGCUGCCCUGGACCUCUCGCUGGCUGGAUCCCAGCUAAUUUCCAAUCUGGACGAAGAGGACAACCAAGAGGGGUCUAACUGGCUAAAGCCGUGCUGCGGGAGGAGAGCAGCGCUGUGGCAGGUGUGUUUGCUGAGUGCUGGCUUCAACUGUUUCCUGGUGGCCUGUGUCAUCUUGGUGGUGCUCUUACUGACUGUGGAACUGCUCAUUGAUACCAAGCUCCUACAAUUUAAUAAUGCAUUCCAGUUCGCCUGUAUCAUCCACUGGAUCAGCCUGGUCAUCUUGUCCGUGUUCUUCACUGAGACUGUCUUUAGGAUUGUGGUGCUCGGGAUUUGGGAUUAUAUAGAGAACAAAGUUGAGGUAUUUGACGGUGCUGUGAUUGUACUCUCUCUGGCCCCAAUGGUGGCCUCCACGGUGGCUAACGGCCCCAGCAGCCCCUGGGACGCCAUCAGCCUCAUCAUCACCCUCCGCAUCUGGAGAGUCAAGAGAAUCAUUGACGCGUACGUGCUGCAGGUGAAGGUGGAGAUGGAGCUGGAGAUCCAGCAGUAUGAGAAGACCAAAGCUGUGAGGGAGGAACAGCUGGAGAGACUCACACAGAUCUGUCAGGAACAGGCCUUUGAGAUCAGGCAGUUGAGGGCUCACCUUGCGCAGCAGGAUUUGGAUCUGGCCGCUGAGCGCGAGGCCGCCAUGCAGAUCCACCACGUGUGGGGGAAACAGAGCAGCACUUUUCAGGAAAUAGACGGCCUGGGACCUGCUGGAUCUGACAACGAGUGCCGCGCCAAUACCAGAGAGCCCAGACCUCCGCCAGAGAGUGUCAUUCAAGAUGAUAUGAAUAACUACAUCAGUCAGUAUUACAGUGAGCCAAGUAGCGACAUCGGGGUGCCCGACCCUGGUGCCCGUGUCAUAACCACAGCAGCCAUCGAUGUCCACCUUCCUACCAACCCCAACCAGUUGCCGCCUUCCCUCGUCAGUGCUGAUGGCCCGGGCAGUGGCCAGGAGCGCACAGGCAGCUCUGUAAGUGAAGCAUCCAGCACGACCAUGUCCCGGUCCAGCUGCAGCUUCACAGCCCGGCAGCACAGCGUCAGCAGCCACACGCUGGGCUCCACAACUGACUGCAGCUCUACCGUACGGGAGGCCUCCACCUCUGACUACAGCGGCCAACGCUGCUGCCCUCCUCCGUACUGCAGUCCUUUGACCCUCGGCACACAAGCGGGUGUCCACGACCCCAGCGCGGUGGUCAAAGAGCUGCUCUCUUCCCUGUCUGAGGACUCCUGCCUGGCGCAUAAAGGCAGGGUGGACCCGGUCAACCUUAAAUUGCCCAGUCCAGCAGGGUCGGUAAAGGCCAGUCCGGAACUGGAGCACAGGGUGAACAUAUACAACAAGAGAAACCAGGAAAGUCUGGGCGUGUUCCAGACCAAGCCACUUAUUCACCUGCAGGGGACCGAGCCAUCUCUGGAGGAGAAGUACAGGCUUAUGGAGCCGGCAGAUACUCCACUGAGCCAUAUACCGGACACAUAGAGCAUGAAGUUUGGGACGGUGACCACCAACACCAGCUGAAGCAGCCUCUCUCUUGGCCUCUCUCUCUAUUUUGCUUACUCACUUGCUGUGUCCAAAACAUGAAAAACGAUGUCUUCGUUGACAGUAUCCGGAGACAGGAAUCAAGGCAUAUCCGAAUCUAAUAUUUGUGGAACAUCCUUUACUGAAAGGUCUUAGAGGGCCAGUGUCCUGCAGAGUUUAGCUCCAACUUGCCUCAACACACCUGUCUGGAAGUUUCUAGUAUGCCUAGUAAGAUCUUAAUUAGCUGACUCAGAUAACCAGUUUAAUUAGUGUUGAAGCUAAGCUCUGCAAGACAGUGGCCCUCCAGGACCGAGUUUGGACACCCCUGCCCUAAAAAGAAUUAAUUUCUAAUACAGGGAUAGGCAGCGUCAGUCCUGGAGUGCUGAUGUCCUGCAAAGUUUAGCUCCAACUAUAAUCAGACACACCUGAACAAGCUAAUCAAGGUCUUCAGGAUCACUAGGUCUACAGGCAGGUGAGGUUUGUUUUUCAGGGUUGGAACUAAACUCUGCAGGACAUCGGCACUCCAGGACUGAUGUUGCCUAUCCCUGCUCUAGUAAGGUAUCCUGCAAAAUUUAGCUCCAACUUGCCUCAGAACCCCUGCCUGAAAGUUUCUAGUAUGCUCAGUAAGACCUUGAUUAGCUUGGUUAAGGUGUAUAACUCUGCAGGACAUUGCCCCUCCAGGACAGAGUCUGGAUACUCCUGCCCUAAAAAGAACACUCUACUAACCAGGGUUAGGCAAUAUCAGUCCUGGAAUCCUGGAAUCCUACAGAGUUUAGCUCCAACCCUGAAUAAAAACCUUAGCUGCCUGUAGCCCCUAGUAAUUCUGAAGACCUUGAUUAGCUUGUUCAGGUGUGUUUGAUUAGGGUUGGAGCUAAACUCUGCAGGACACUGGCACUCCAGGACUGACGUUGCCUACUCCUGCUGCAAACCCUAUAACACAAGGGUUUCCUGCAGAGUUUAGCUCCAGCAUGCCUCCCACACCUGCCUGGAAGUUUCUAGUAUACCUAGUAAAAGCUUGAUUAGCUGGUUAAAAUGUGUUUAAACUGUGUAAGACAGUGGCCCUCCAGAACAGAGUCUGGACACACCUGCAAAGUUCAGGUCCAGAUCUAUUCUAGGCACCCCUGCUCUAGUAACCCUAUGACACAGGGGUCACCAGACCCAGUCCUGGAGGGCCGGUGUCCCUGCAGAGUUUAGCUCCAACCCUAAUCAAACACACCUGAACCAGCUAAUCAAGGUCUUACUUGGUAUACUUGAAACUUCCAGGCAGGUGUGUUGAGUAAAGUUGGAGGUAAACUCUGCAGGACACCGGCCCUCCAGGAACAAGUUUGGUGACCCCUGCUAUAACAUAUGGAUGUCCUGCGGAAUUUAAAAAGAACACUCUAGUACAAGGGUGGCCAAACUCGUUUCUGGAGGCGCCGGUGUCCUGUAGAGUUUAGAUCCGACUUGCCUCAACACACCUGUCAGGGAAGUUUCUAGUAUGCCUAGUAAGAGCAUGAUUAGCUUGUUCAGUUGUGUCUAAUUGGGGUUGGAGGUAAACUCUGCAGGACACCGGCCCUCCAGGACCGAGUUUGGGCAUUCCUGCUCUAGUAACCCUAUGACACAGGGGUGGUCCUGCAGAGUUUAGCUCAAGCACACCUGCCUGGAAGUUACUAGUAUGCCUAGUAAGAGCUUGAAUAAGUGGAUCAGGUGUUUAAUUAGGGUUGAAGCUAAACUCUGCAGGACAGUGGCUCUCCAGAACCCAGUCUGGAUACACCUGCCCUAAAAAGAGCACUCUAGUACAGGUGUGCCCAAACUCAGUCCUGGAGGGCCACUGUUCUGCAGAGUUUAGAUUCAACUUGCCUCCCACACCUGCCUGGAAGUUUCUAGUAUGCCUAGUAAGAGCUUAGUUAGCUGGAUCAGGUCUGUUUAAUUAGGGUUGGAGCUAAACUCUGUAGGACAGUGGCCCUCCAGGACCAAGUCUGGACACGUGCCAUAAAAAGAGUACUCCAGUAUAGUGGUGCCCAAACUUGGUCCUGGAGGGCCGGUGUCCUGCAGAGUUUAGAUCCGACUGACCCUCCAGGACGGAGUCUGGACACACCUGUCCUAAAAAGAACAUUCUAGUAUAGGGGUGCCCAAACUCGGUCAUGGAGGGCAGAGUUCAGGUCCAGAUCUGCUCCAGCACACCUGUGGUUUUGAAGUAAUCCAGAACAAAUUGAUUGGUUGGCUCAAGUGUGUUUGAUAAAGGAUUGGGGCUAAAUUCUAUGUGAAGGUAACUCUCCAGAAGCAGGGUUGGCUACCACUGCUUCUUUUCGGAAGAUUAAUAGGGAUUGCCUUGUCACAAAUGGUGCAGAAAUAUGUCCCAUCCACUUAAAAGCUGGAAUACACUACAGGUCUUUUAAAAUCUGAGCAGGAAGUAUCAUACUACCAGACUUUCAUAGAACCCAUGCCGAAACAUGCUUUUUAAUAAAAGAUGCAUGACGAAUGAAAACAAUAUUUUUUCUAAAAUCAGCUUAAACAAAUAUUCCGACUGGAUGGAAUCAUAGCCUGAAGCUAAAAAAAAUCUGUGCCCGUAAAGAAAAACAAUUUACAGUGAAAUUGGUCAUAUUAGACUGACCAAUAUGCAGACUUGAUUUGACUCUGCAUCUACCACCCAAUCCCCCCAACUAUAUAGUGGGGCAAAACAUUCUAGGGAAAAGUCAUGUAGUUGUAUUCCAGCCUUAAGUUUCUGUCAGAGUCUGCAAGAAGGUGCUUCUCCACAAGCUGGAUUGGAUGACCCAUCAACCAUCUCAGAUGGCCAUUGUGCUUUUUACCCCAGUGUUUCCCCAACCCUUUUCCAGAAAGUACAAGACAUUCAUGAACUCUUCCUAAUCAAACACACCUGAUUCAACUCCAACACCUGAAAUAGAAUACUCAGAUUAAGACAUCCAAAAUGUGUACUGUUGGUGUGCAUUCAACGUGUCCACUUGCAGCAUAACUAUUUCACUACUCGGGGCGCCCCCUACUACUGAAAUGCGUCCAUUUGGUCGGUACAUUAAUAUACCUUAAGGCACGGUUCCUCAAAUCCGCCCAUGGAGGCCAAUUUCCCUCCAGAGUUCAACUCCAACUCCAGUCGAAGACACAAGCUAAAUAAGGUCUUCAGAGUUACAGUACUAAAAAAUUACUGGUGGGUGAGUUUGAUCAGGAUCAGAGUUUGAGGUAAACUCUUCAAGGUAGUAGAUUUAUGGAACCCUGCCUUAAAGUUUACCUUCAUCCAAAAACUUUGAGGCAGCAGUUACUUUGUUUUGGACACAGCCAAUCUGUCUUUCUCUCUCGUGUCAAACAGCACUAUGAUACUCACUCCCAGGUUUCAUGUUCUCAGAAAGGGGCACAGGAAGUGACAUGAGGAUAAUGCUCUAUGCUACCCGCCUCAUGCAAUGUUCCUCCUUACAGAUGCACAUUUCUCUUUCUCUUUCUCUCUCUCUCUCCAACUCUGCAAGAGCACUUGAACUGUGUCACUCCUGCCAAAAUUGCACAACCUUCCAAGGAGUCAGGGAGAGGUACUUUGGGAGCCAUCAUUGGAAGAUCCUUCAGGAAUUUCAGUGUGUCUGUUGGGCGAGUGGUGUAUGAAACCAGCAAAGACGCACUCUUUUAGACGGUAGACCAAUAUCGGAGUGUGGCUGGAAGACUUAUCACGUGUUCUCAUUCAGGGUGGCGUGGGAGGGAGUUUUUAUUUGUCGAUUCGUUUAUUUGUACGAAAUGUAACUGACACACAAUGUACAGUCCUUUUUCCCCAAUGCUGCAGGGUUACAUUUGAUCCGUGUUCAAAUGUGUCAAGCUGUGUGAUUCAGCCAAAUUUCUUACCUUUGCCUUUCUUACAUUACUGAUGCUGAUGUUUGUAUUCAAAUUCUAUGCGAGAAAAAAAAAGUGCUAAACUCAAGUAUUUUUAAAACACGGAGCGCAAACGAUAGGCGAACAUUUCAGGUAUACAGUAUUAGAAGAUUUUUAUGAGAAAU